CCAACCAACCCUCGACUCGAGCUCAGCAUACAUAUCCGAGAGCCACCCUUCUUCACAUCUCCCCUUCCCUCUUCUUCUCUAGCCAGAUACUAUUUGUUGUCUAUCAAGAUGAUGCACCCAAUUUCGACGAACCCCAACAACAUUGUGCGAGCGGAAGAGUUUCUGCAGGAUUUGCAAGAUGAAUGUUUUGAUUUGGCGCACGAAGAAAAAGAGGCCGACAUGGAAGAUAUCGACAUGAACAACUCCACUCACAACGCGCCUCCUCCGAAACCCCAAGUCGACAAGGACAUGCUCAAAUUGACCACCAUGCCGGCACGAUCGUAUACCCGCGACAGCCGUCGUCAUCACAAUAGACUGGGAGGCGCUCCGCCUCGUGUUUCUACUUCCUCUACCAGUGGCAGUACCACCAAUUUUGUGACGACCCUUUGGAAUCAUCGAGCCCGCAAUUCCUAUGUCGAUCAGAGUGUCAAUUUGAUGGACACGGGGUUUGGCAGCACAAAUGCUAGUAACGCGAGUCGCCAUGCAUACGCGGCCGCUCGUUCGGGACGAUUGGAAGAUGUCUAUUUGCACGAUGGAUCCGAAAUGGGACGCAUCAGUCGCAUGCCGCGGAGUUACAGUGAACGGCACAUGAUUGUCAAACCACACGAAGAACGACGACGACGAUUUGCUUGUUUCAUGAUUUUCGGUGUCGUCUUGCCGACUGUCUUGGCCAUUUUGGUCGUCACGUCCUCGAACGCCAAUGCCAUGUUUUUGCGUGCUACCAAUCACAACAGCAACAAUAGUACAUCUCUGGAGGAGCCCGUCGACAACAACACGACACUGGUGGACACCACCAUUGACAUUGAAGAGGUGCCAUCCGAGGAGGUGAUUGAACUCGAAGAGCCUUCUGUGGACGGCGAGGGGGAAAUUGAAGAGGAUCCGUCUGAGGAGGCGACUGAACCAGAACAGCCUGAAAUUGAAGGCGAGGGGGAACUCGACCCGGAUUCUGAACAUUCAAAAGAAGAAGAAGGGACUGCGGCAGAAGAGGAAACUCCUGCAGUUGAAGAGGAGAAUACUCCUGAUGUGGAGGCAGUCGAAGAAGAAGAUGUGAAACCUUCUGAACAAGGCGACCAGCCAACAGAAGAAGACGAAUCCUCCAAUCAACAGGAUCAACCCAACCAAGACGAAACAGACCAAUUCACUACUCUGCAACAAGAUGCUGCUGCGCAAAACGACAAAGUCGAAGAAAUUGAAGAAGAAAUUACCAUUGCGCGGUCCGGAAACGUACAAGAAGCUGAAAUUACCACCCCGGAAGGCGACACGGAAAUUUUUACGCCGUCCGGAAUGACGGUUAAAAAACACACUUCCAACGCAAAAGAAGAAUUGGCCGAGGUCGAAAUGGAGGCCAAACAAGACGAACAACAAGCCAAGGAAUUGGACGAGGAAGCCAGUGAAUUGGAAUCGGAAGCCAAACAAGCAGAGGAAAAAGCCGAAGAGGCAGAAGAAGAGGCGGAAGAGGAGGGAACGCCCGACGCUAAAGAGGAAGCCGAAGAAGAGGAAUUGGAUGCCCUCAAAUUGGAAAACACGGCCCGGCAAGCCGACGAAGAAGCCGAAGAGGCCGAUGCCAAGGCGGAAAAGGAAGAGGAAGUCUUGAUGGAAGACUUGGCAGAAGAAAACCAGGAGACAGAGGAGCAAGGUGAUGGACAAUAA